CCCCAGCUCCCGCCCCUCCUCCCAGCUGCCCCCCGCGGAGCCCGCCCGGGCAGGCUGUGGGAGGGAGCGGAGCCGGCGAGGCGGGCGGGCUGGCGCUCGCUCCCCGGGGGUCGGUGUGCGCUCUACGGGGAAGGACGCGCUCGCUGCCCCGCUUCUCCCGCCCCCCCUCCCGCUCCUCCUCCUCCCUUCUCCCUCCUCCUCCCCGCUCCGGCGGCGGAGGCUGCGGCGGCGGCGGGGGGUGUGCGAGCUGAGGCCGGGGCCGGCGGGCGGGCGGCGGGCGGGCUGCCUGCAGGCGGAGGGCGCUGUGCUUUGUGCUUUUCGCCGCGAGGAGCAGCAGGCAGCAGCCACAGCCGCCGCCGCCGCCACAGCAGCAGCAGCCGCCGCCCCAGCGCCGCCGCCGCGCCCGGAGGAGGAGCCGCUGCCGCCGCGGGAGGGAGCUGCGGCUGUGCCCGGCCGAGCGGGGGAGGGCGCCGCCGCUCAGAGCCGGGGAGGGAGCCGCAGGAGCGGGAAGCCCGGAGGCCGCGCUGCGCCGGGGUGAGGUGGCUUUCACCCCGGGUUGCCCGGCCAGCACGACCGAGGAGGUGGCUGGACGGCUGGAGAAUGAACGGAGAAGCCGACUGCCCCACAGACCUGGAAAUGGCCGCCCCCAAAGGCCAAGACCGCUGGUCCCAGGAAGACAUGCUGACUUUGCUGGAAUGCAUGAAGAACAACCUUCCAUCCAAUGACAGCUCCAAGUUCAAAACCACCGAGUCACAUAUGGACUGGGAAAAAGUAGCAUUUAAAGACUUUUCUGGAGACAUGUGCAAGCUCAAAUGGGUGGAGAUUUCUAAUGAGGUGAGGAAGUUCCGUACAUUGACAGAAUUGAUCCUCGAUGCUCAGGAACAUGUGAAAAACCCUUACAAAGGCAAAAAGCUCAAGAAACAUCCGGACUUCCCAAAGAAGCCCCUGACCCCUUAUUUCCGCUUCUUCAUGGAGAAGCGGGCAAAGUACGCAAAACUCCACCCUGAGAUGAGCAACCUGGACCUGACCAAGAUUCUGUCCAAGAAAUACAAGGAGCUGCCGGAGAAGAAGAAGAUGAAAUAUAUUCAGGACUUCCAGAGGGAGAAACAGGAGUUCGAGCGAAACCUGGCCCGAUUCAGGGAGGAUCACCCUGACCUAAUCCAGAAUGCCAAGAAGUCGGACAUCCCUGAGAAGCCCAAAACCCCCCAGCAGCUGUGGUACACCCAUGAGAAGAAGGUGUAUCUCAAAGUACGGCCAGAUGCCACUACGAAGGAGGUGAAGGACUCCCUGGGGAAGCAGUGGUCUCAGCUCUCGGACAAAAAGAGGCUGAAAUGGAUUCAUAAGGCCCUGGAGCAGCGGAAGGAGUACGAGGAGAUUAUGCGAGACUAUAUCCAGAAGCACCCCGAGUUGAACAUCAGUGAGGAGGGCAUCACCAAGUCCACCCUCACCAAGGCCGAACGCCAGCUCAAGGACAAGUUUGAUGGGCGACCCACCAAGCCACCUCCGAACAGCUACUCGCUGUACUGCGCAGAGCUGAUGGCCAAUAUGAAGGACGUGCCCAGCACGGAACGCAUGGUGCUAUGCAGCCAGCAGUGGAAGCUGCUCUCCCAGAAGGAGAAGGAUGCCUACCACAAGAAGUGCGACCAGAAAAAGAAAGAUUACGAGGUGGAACUGCUCCGUUUUCUGGAGAGCCUGCCUGAGGAGGAGCAGCAACGGGUCCUGGGGGAGGAGAAGAUGUUGAACAUCAACAAGAAGCAAGCUACCAGCCCAGCCUCCAAGAAGCCCUCCCAGGAAGGGGGCAAGGGCGGCUCCGAGAAGCCCAAGCGACCGGUGUCGGCCAUGUUCAUCUUCUCAGAAGAGAAGCGGCGGCAGUUGCAGGAGGAACGGCCGGAGCUCUCGGAGAGUGAGCUGACUCGCCUGCUGGCCCGCAUGUGGAACGACUUGUCGGAGAAGAAGAAGGCCAAGUACAAGGCCCGGGAGGCUGCGCUGAAGGCCCAGUCGGAGAGGAAGCCGGGUGGGGAGCGCGAGGAGCGGGGCAAGCUGCCCGAGUCGCCCAAGAGAGCCGAGGAGAUCUGGCAACAGAGCGUCAUCGGCGACUACCUGGCCCGCUUCAAGAACGACCGGGUGAAGGCCUUGAAAGCCAUGGAGAUGACCUGGAACAACAUGGAGAAGAAGGAGAAACUGAUGUGGAUUAAGAAGGCCGCUGAAGACCAAAAGCGAUAUGAGAGAGAGCUGAGUGAGAUGCGGGCACCCCCGGCUGCUGCAAACUCGUCCAAGAAGAUGAAGUUCCAGGGAGAACCCAAGAAGCCUCCCAUGAACGGUUACCAGAAGUUCUCCCAGGAGCUGCUGUCCAAUGGGGAGCUGAAUCACUUGCCGCUAAAGGAACGCAUGGUGGAGAUUGGCAGCCGCUGGCAGCGCAUCUCCCAGAGCCAGAAGGAGCACUACAAAAAGCUGGCCGAGGAGCAGCAGAAGCAGUACAAAGUACACCUGGACCUCUGGGUCAAGAGUCUGUCUCCCCAGGACCGCGCAGCAUAUAAAGAGUACAUCUCCAAUAAACGUAAGAGCAUGACCAAGCUGCGAGGCCCGAACCCCAAGUCCAGCCGGACUACCCUGCAGUCCAAGUCGGAGUCUGAGGAAGAUGACGAAGAGGAUGAGGAUGAUGAGGAUGAAGACGAAGAGGAGGAAGAUGAUGAGAACGGGGACUCCUCCGAGGAUGGUGGGGACUCCUCCGAGUCCAGCAGCGAGGAUGAGAGCGAGGAUGGGGAUGAGAACGAGGAGGAUGACGAGGAUGAAGACGACGACGAGGAUGACGAUGAGGAUGAGGACAAUGAGUCCGAGGGCAGCAGCUCCAGCUCCUCUUCCUCGGGGGACUCCUCGGACUCUGACUCCAACUGAGGCUCAGCCCCACCCGGGGCUCCCCUCCCCAACUGACCGCCUUUGUUUCUCCCCCAUGUUCUGUCCCCUGCCCCCUGGCCUCCCCCACUUUCUUUCUUUCUCUUCUUUUUUUUUAAACAAAAUACGGUGGGGGGAGGGGCUGGAGGAGCCAAGGCCAGGACUCUGCAGCCUCAGAGAUACCAGCCCUGGGGGGCCGUCCAGGGAGCGCAACCAUCAGACUGAGCCACCACUGGACCGGCCCGGCCCACCCCUCUUCUGCACUUGCGGUUCCGGCAUGGACAAUGGACCUGGGAGUGGGGUGGGGGGUCCCAAAGAGUUCAGUGAGGCCCUCUACACCUGCAGCCCGACCCAUGGGAGGGUGGAAGCUUGGGGAGGAUCCCUCCCUUCCCAGAGGGGCUUGCUGCCUGGACCCCUACAUUGGAACUGGAGGCAGGGAAAGGAUGGAGAGAGGAGGGUGGGUGCCUGUGAGAAAACAGUGAGAAAACAGGCACUGCCCGCAGCCCUCUCCCCCGCCCCCUGCAGGAAGGAGCUGCCUGGACCCGCUCAUGGGGGGAGGGGGCAGAAGUGUUUUUUAUAUAUGUGUAUAUAUUUUUUUUUUUAAGCUCUGAGCUGUCAACGAGACGUUUCCUACCGAUCUCGGCUGCCGUCUCUGUUGUCAUUUCUGGGAGAGGGAGGGUUUAGGGGGUAGGUUUGGGACUUUUUUAAAAUGGUCUUGAUGCGUAUGGAAAAGUGUGUGUGCGUGUGUGUGUGUGUGUGUGUGUGUGUGUGUGGCCUGUACAUAGCAUGGGUGCACCUGUGGAUGUGUGCAAAGGCACAUGUGGAUGUAUGUGUGCAAAAGAGAAGGGGGAGCCCACCUCAGUCUGUAAAUCUGGUGAAAGGGUUGGUGAGGGCCAGGGAGACAUUGGUCCUGGUGGGAGUGGGCUGGGGCGGCCCCUUUCUCCGUAUCUGCUUUGCCUAAUCUCUGAUUCCAUUUUGGGAGGUGUACUGAAGCCACUCUGAUGCUUCCUAUGCCAGCUUCCCUCUGCCGGGGCCUUGUGACUGAGCUGCUGCUGGUCUCCAAUAUCCAGCAGGACGGUGGGGAAGGGGACAGACCAGGUGAACCUUACAGCUUUUAUUUGGUGGGAGAGGCCUUCCCAGCUCAUCUGAGGGGUCACCUGGCCACUCUAGCUCAGAAUCUGGGCUUCAAGAAAUGUGUCCCAAGCUCUUAACUUACACAUCUCUCCUGCCUUCCUCCCAUACCCUCUAGCUCCCUUGCCCCCAUUUCCUUUGAUUUCUCAGGUCUGCUCCCUCCCCCGCACCCCCCAAACCCACAGCUGGGGAAGAGGUCUGUAAAAAGCUGCUUUUGCAGCUGUCCCUCUAACCCUUCCUAGCCAUCCCAACCUUUUUGGUACCCUGGUUCCUAGACAUUCAAUAAGCCAAGCCACCUUGUCUCUGUGGAUUUGAUUUUUUUGUUUUUGACGAAAUUUUGGCUUUUUUUUUUUUUUUUUUUUUACAAUCAUGUCAGUGACCUAUUUAACUGGGGCUUUGUGCUUUUCCAUCUUCCCCCUCUAAAUGAAAGCCAAGGGAUGGGGGAAGAGAGGAAACUCCACCUGGGAGGUGGGGUGGGAAAGAUGGGUCCUGCUCCCAAAGGCAGGCAGACGAUCUGCCUUGCCUUGGACGUGGUGCUGGGGGUCGGGGAACUAGGGAGGGACACUCCCCACUCCACGCCCCCUCCUUUGUCCUGAUCCUGGAAUUAGGUCCAGGGGUUCAUAGGUUCUAUUUCUUCCCAAGAGCCCCUGCAAAGAACCCCAUUUCCCUGUUUGAAUGCCCCUGCGCUGUUGUGUUUUAGUGGAAUGUGUUUUCAUUUAAAAACAACUUUGGGGCGCUUUUUUUUCCUGUUUUAAAAAUUGAAAAAUUCUUACAGUACAAACAGGGCUGUGGGGGUGGGGGUGUUGGUGCUGUAAGAGGUCACUCUGAGUGCAUUUUGGCACUGGGAUGGGAUGGCUGGGGUGGGAGGACCCCCGCUCCCCCUUUUUUUUUCUAAUAUUUAAGGAGUGUUUUUGUAGGUUUCAACAACAACCACAACUUGAAUUUGUAUCAUGGGAGGUGGGAGGGAGUGGCUUAGAGGUGUCUGCCUAAGCUUAAGGCCAAUUGUGGAAGUUUUGUUUUCUCUUUUUUUGUACAAUAAAGUGAAAAACAAAA